UUGGCAGCGGAAACAUAUUUUAACUAGCUAAGUUUUCAUUGUACGCGACCCUUGUGGUGCACAGAUACGAUGGCAGACAGCGCUCGAGCCAAGAAUGAUAAUUCCAAAAUGGAAAGCCCAAGCGUUAGCCCCUUGUCCGGGAGGGAAAAGCCUCAACAGUCCCCUGGCUCUCGCUCAAGGUACCAGGUCAGCGCACCCGGACACUGUUUUAGGAAAGUGACUCUCACCAAACCAACGUUCUGCCACAGCUGCAGUGAUUUCAUAUGGGGUCUUAUCGGAUUCAUUUGUGAAGUGUGUAACUUUAUGUGUCAUGAGAAGUGCCUGAAGACUGUGAGGACUGUGUGUUCAUGCAUGGCCCCGACACUGGUGCGGGUCCCUGUCGCCCAUUGCUUUGGUCCAGCAGGGCAGAAAAAGAGAUUAUGCUGUGUGUGUCGAAAGCAUCUGGAGGGAAACACUGCUGUUCGCUGUGAAGUUUGUGAGCUGCAUGCCCACUCUGACUGUGCUGCGUUCAGUUGUGGCGACUGCCGUCUCUGCCACCAGGAUGGGAGUCAGGACUUUGAUUCGUUCCCCCACCAUUGGCGGGAGGGGAACAUUCCUUCAGGUGCACGCUGUGAGGUCUGCCGACGCACCUGUGGCUCCUCAGACGUCCUGGCGGGGAUGCGGUGUGAGUGGUGUGGUAUUACGACACACGCUGCCUGUUAUCUCAUCGUGCCGCCAGAGUGCGGCCUGGGACGGCUACGCAACAUGCUCCUUCUCCCCGCUUGCGUGCGAAUAUGCUCGAGGAACUUUAGCAAGAUGCACUGCUACCGCAUCUCUGAGAGCUGCCAGAAUGAGCUGGAUAACUUGGAAGAACUUGACAGACCUACAAAGGAGUGCCAGCCGGCAACCACACCAGAUUCAGGGAAGCAGGUUCUCAGGGUGUUUGAUGGGGAUGAUGCAGUCAAGCGCAGCCACUUCCGUUUGGUCUCCAUUCCUCGGAUGACCAAGAAUGAGGAAGUGGUGGAGUCAGCGUUGAGGGCCUUCUACAUCCCAGAUGACCCGCUGGACUAUGAGCUCCAAGACAACGACCAGCAGGCUCUACACAGCGACGACGUCGUCAACCGUAACGGCACCCCCGACAACAAGGCCAUCUUUAAGGAGAAUGUGCCCGAGGCAUGGCUCCUAAGGGCCAAACCUCAGGAAACAGAGGUCCUCAAGAUCUAUGCCGGCUGGCUCAAGGUUAUUGUGGCAUACAUAUCCAUCUCCAAGAACAGCACUGUGGAUUCUGUCAUUAAGGAGGUCCUCACUCAACUGGGAAGACAGGAUGAAGACCCAUCAAGCUUCAAUCUUGUGGAAGUUUACAUGGGCAGUAAGCAAGUUCAGAGACAAGUGAUAACAGGCCAGGAGCUGCUGCUGGACAAACUGCAAGAGAUAAGAAAGAUCUCCCUAAGGCAGAUGAACCAGACCCGUUUCUACAUAGUGGAGAGCAGGAACCAGGUUGUGCAGGUCAACCUGCUGGUAGAGAGACUGCCUGUACAGCUGAGCAAGGAGGAAUAUGCAGACCUGCUGCAGGAGCACUUAGCUAUGAAGAGUCACUUGGUCACCAUCACACACGUUUACGGGAACCAAGGUGCAGUGGUGUUGCAGAUAUCGUGUUUCUCUGAGGCUGAGAGGAUCUACAUGUUAGCCAAAGACACGUCUGUCAGCAACCAGCAGCUUACCUCCCUAGUCCUACCAGAGAUCAUGCACAACAAGUUGCCCAAAGGUGACUCGCCCCUACUGGUGUUUGUCAACCCCAAGAGCGGCGAGUUGAAGGGCCGAGAGCUCCUCUACGGCUUCCGGAAGCUUCUGAACCCCCACCAAGUGUUUGACAUGACCAAUGGGGGACCAUUGUCUGGACUCCACAUGUUUAGGGAGGUGCCCCGCUUCCGGGUGCUGGUGUGUGGGGGAGAUGGGACAGUGAGCUGGGUCCUGGGAGUCCUGGAGGACAUCAGACACAAGCUGGUCUGUCCCGAGCCCCCCAUCGGCAUUGUCCCACUCGGCACAGGUAACGACCUGGCGCGGAUCCUGCGCUGGGGGGCGGGCUACAGCGGAGAGGACCUCCACCACAUCCUGGUGUCUGUGGACGAGGCGGAGGAGGUGCAGAUAGACCGUUGGACUAUUCUGCUGGAUGCACAGGAGAUCACAGAUGACGGCAAGGAGAACUGCUUCCUGGAACCACCAAAGAUAGUGCAGAUGAACAACUAUUUUGGGCUGGGCAUCGAUGCUGAGCUCAGUCUGGACUUCCACCAUGCCCGUCAAGAGGAACCAGGAAAGUUCAACAGCAGGUUCCACAACAAAGGUGUGUACCUGAAGGCGGGUCUGCAGAAACUGAGUCACACACGGAACCUUCACAAGGACCUCAAACUGCAGGUGGACAAACAAGACAUAGAACUGCCCAGCAUAGAAGGCCUCAUCUUCCUAAACAUCCCCAGCUGGGGCUCCGGGGCAGACCUGUGGGGAUCAGAGGGUGACUCGCGCUACGGGAAACCUCGCAUUGACGAUGGCAUGCUGGAGGUGGUGGGGGUGACCGGGGUGGUACACAUGGGCCAGGUGCAGAGCGGCAUGCGCUCUGGGAUCCGUCUCGCCCAGGGCAACUAUGUGCGUAUCACGGUGACCAAGCCUAUCCCUGUGCAGGUGGACGGAGAGCCCUGGAUACAGGCCCCCGGACAUAUCAUCAUAUCUGCAGCAGGCCCAAAGGUGCGGAUGCUGAGGAAGUCCAAACACAAGCAGAAGCAGCAGUGUGCCAGCCUAAAAGAGGGGAGAUCUGAAAGCCCUUCGUCCAGCGAUGGGGGACACUGACGUCCCCCCCACCCUGCCACCCAACAUCUGCUCCUUGGUGUCUCCAUGAGAGCAUGGUGGUCUGUUGGCUGCUCUAAACAGCUGUGGACCGUGUGCCCAAUAGGUUCUCAGAUGGUUUGUGUAGUUAGCACAUACAGCUCCACUCCAUUGACAAAGGAGAGAUAUCACAAGCAUUUAGCAGUCACUCCCAUUCUCAUCUUACUGCUUAUCAAUUUCACCGUUGUUGGGUUCGGUUUUCCCCAGUUAGGAUCCUUCAGAUUAGCUUCUUGUCUAAUUUGUUGGUUUAUUUUUUAUUUUACAGUCCUUCAGAGUUGGUAUGGCCUGGUAUUUUAUGAGAGACAUACAUGGUAACAAUUGGUAGUGGUACUAUCUGGUACUUAUU